UCGUCGCGUCGAACAGAAUACCAACUAAACACAAGCCAAACCGAAACAGCCUUCCGCCGGAUUGGAAACUACCAGAUGCUACCGGCGCUACUAAUCCAGCGUUUCCCACCGUAGGAAUCUCUGAUUAGCGCCUCAAUUAACGAUCCGUGUCUUGUUGCACAAUUAUAUAGCCACCAUUUGACAAGAUAGGGGAGGUGGAGCAGCCAAGAACGCAAGGAGGGGGAAGGGAAGGGAGAGAGAGGAAAAGAUUAGGAAAGGGAGGGGAUAAACUGAGGGAAGCCAAGAAGAACACAAGAAGAAUCAAUCGGCCGGAUUGCACCCGACUUCCUGGGCGAUUUUUUUUCUUCUAGCGAUCCGAUCGAAGCAGUCCAAUCGCUGUGAAGACCCGAUUCCGUUCGGCGGCAGCCAUGAGGUUGAUUUCUCUGUUUGGUCUGUCAGGACAGUGAUGGGCAUGGUUCAUCCCAGGUUCCUGGUUGCUUGCUCAGGGUCGAAGCUGUGCUUCAUCUCCAGUUGCUGCAGUAGCCGCGCAAAGAUGAUGAUAUCUUUUCUUCGGAGGCGGCCAGAGUGUAGUUGUACCCUUCCUAUAUUGAUUGAGUUCAGUAGAUAAUUCUUGGACAUCAGUUGGUAUUCUGGGGGACUGAAAUACGGAUUCUGCAGGACAUCAAAAGGACUUGAAUAACUAAAUUUUAGGUGGUAUUCCAAACUAGGUUGCGAUGGGUUUACCCCAACCUUCAACAGUCAAGGAUGAUGCGCCAACAACAUUGCGCACCUCUAUUUCUUGCCCUCCACAUUUUGGAGGUGUUAGUGCCUGUGAUUUGGAUGGGCUUCCUUCAGGAAGCUCUAGCAGCAGGGUGCUUUCGUACCCAUUGAUAGGUGAUUUUAAUAGAAAGACCACAUUAGAUGGUCCGAAUGAAUCAAAUGGGUAUUCUAAAGACAGUCAUGAAUCUGAACAUGCAGGCCUCUGUGGACUAAGUAUUGAUUCAAGAGAUGGAAAUUCUAGAUCUUUUCCUAAAUUGGUGCCUUCUUUCCAUAUGCCAGCAAGGAGGGUUGUGGGCUUUGAUUCUGGUUGUAUUGGAGGUUCUGAUGGAACAGAAACAGAUAUGGUCAAUUCAUCUUUGGUUGACAGCAAUUGCCAUUUGCCAUUUGAUCAACAUGAACUUCAGGCAAGGAAAAGACUGCUCUCUCCGUUGAAAAAUGUGCUCCCUAAACAGUUCAAUGGUGAUAUGCUCAAUCUUUCUUCUGGCGAUUCUAGAUUAAGGCAUUCUGAUUCAGGCGAUAAACUAUACAGUACUGGCUUCCAAGAUAAUAAAAAAGCCAACACAGGAUGCCUCAAUUCUUUUGAAACACGGGAUACUCCAACCUCUAGGUGCACUCGCUGGAGCCCAGAAUGGGAUGUUACUAGGAGCAAUUCUAAUUCAUUAACUGAUGGUCCUUUACUUGGGAGCAAGGAUUCUAUAUCCUAUUAUGAUCAUCUAGCAGCUAGUGCAAAAUUAGCACAUUCUCCGCUUUCUCUGUCUCCUCUCAGCCCUAAAUAUAUGAACAAAAUUAAGGUGUCAGGAUCCCAAAGAUAUAUAAUGAAUGAUCUUGAGAAUGACUUCCUAGAUUUAAAGGAAACUGGAGGUUCUGACGGAGCUAGGACGCAGGAGGUAUCAAAAGGAACUAACUUGUUACAUGAUGAACUUGAAGUUAUGACACCUAAAUGGAGUUCAUUGAGAAGAUACAAAAAUUGGGGCCCUGAAUCUUCCCCUACAUCUCCCCGACCAACAUCUCCUCGAAUUGGUUAUGGUCGCAGUUCGUCUUUGCAUGUAAGGAGGUCACUCGUUGGCUCCUUUGAGGAGUCCCUUUUAUCUGGUCGAUACUCAUAUGGAAAAGACAGUCAGACACUUGAUGGUUUCUUAGCUGUUCUAAAUGUCACUGGUGGUAGUUUCUUCCCCACAACUCAGAAACUUCCAUUCUCAGUAACAAGCAUCGAUGACGAUAGCUCCUUAUUGUACUAUUCUUCUAUUGAUCUUGCUGGGAGGUUGUCUUCGAAUAACAGCAAAAGCCCGAAGCUCCAGAGAAGCUACAGUAAUAAUGAUUCACGAUCAGCAAAGAGUCGUUUACGCAUCCCUGUUAAGGGUCGCAUACAACUGGUGGUGAGCAACCCUGAGAAGACUCCACUUCAUACUUUCUUGUGCAACUAUGAUUUGAGUGACAUGCCUUCUGGAACCAAGACUUUCAUGCGGCAAAAGGUCACACUCUCCCCCUCUGUCUUACCCUCUAAUCCAGUGGAAGAAGGAAGCAAGACUUGCGAUGUUAAUGUUGGGCCCAAAUCUUCUCAGUCAGUUUCAUGUGGAAGUGAACCUAGUGAACGGGGAACUCUAUGUUCAGAAUGCUGCGGCGGUGGACAGAACUGCAACUCAAAUGACGAAUCAGAAAAAGGAGAUCUGAAAACAAGAUUUAGAUCAUUGGAUAGUGAUUCUGAUGAAUCAAAUAAGGCUAUUUCUCCUGGAAAUAAGAAAGACCGUUCUGAUUCUGAUGGUUGCUGCUGUCAAAUGAAUAAGGUUGGCAUAGGAGAGAAGAAAUCAUGCUGCUUACCUUCUAAGAUCAAUGAUAGUUCAGGUGGAGCUGUGCUUCGCUAUGCUUUGCACCUGCGGUUUCUGUGCCCCUCCAAGAAAUCCUCGAAAUCAAUGCUUCGGUGCAAAUCUGAUCCAUCAUCGGCACCAUACAGCAAUAAUACAGUACCCGAGGAAGAGCGGAGGUUCUAUCUCUACAAUGAUCUUAGAGUUGUAUUUCCUCAAAGGCACUCAGAUGCAGAUGAAGGCGAGCUGCGAGUGGAGCAUGACUUCCCCGCCGAUCCCAAGUACUUUGACAUAAGCAACUGAUGGUCCCUCUGCUCCCAUCCCAUCUCAUGUACUAUAGCUUGCGCUGCUGCUGCUGCUGCUGCGCACAAAAAGAAUCUGUAAAUAUUUUACCAUGACUAACUUGGUCAUCAGCCAUUUCAUCUUUUCGCCAGCAAAAAUGUACAGGUUAAUGUUCCAAUAAAAUGCAUAAUUUGGUUCUCCUUGAUGUUCU